AAGGAUAAGGCCUCCUUCCUCCCCUACUCUCCAACUUCGCUCGCUCCCAACGAACGCUGGAAGAAGAUAUCAUGCUCGAGCUUCUCUAACACCACCACCACCACCACCACCACCCUUAUUCUUUCUCUGGCACCGAAACUAGUUUUCCUUCAACGAAUAAGUGGUCGGAAAUGGCACUUUUGCAGCACUCGCCGGCACUCCAUCGAGCCCUCUUCUUGAAUUCUUCUUCCUCUUCUACUGCUUUCCAUCAGGGCCCUGCUUUCUUCCCUGGCCAUCUUCAUAGGAGUAGGGUUACCCUCCAGGUCAGGGCCGAGGAUUCUCCAAUCCCCCCACAAGAUUGUAUUGUAGAGAGAUCCGGAAGGCGCCAUGCACUUGCAUUAGGAGCAAUUAGCACUUGCAUAUCUUUAACUUAUGCCAAUUCUGCAUCAUCAGAGGUUAAGAAAGGAUUUCAAUCUGUCUUGGACAAGAAGGAUGGUUAUUCAUUUCUCUACCCAUUCGGAUGGCAGGAAGUUGUUAUUGAAGGACAAGAUAAGGUGCUCAAAGAUGUUAUUGAGCCGUUAGAAAGCAUUAGCGUUAACAUGGUUCCAACUAGCAAGCAAGAUGUUCGAGACUUUGGAUCUCCACAAGAGGUUGCUGAUACUUUAAUCAAAAAGGUUUUGGCUCCUCCUUCACAGAAAAUAAAGCUAGUUGAGGCAGCAGAGUGUUCCAGGCCCAACUUCCAUCCUCUUGACUCCAGCUUUCUGACAAAGUCUUUUCUAUGCAUGAUGUUGAUGGGAGAGCUUAUUACACCUUUGAGUUCAUUGCUCAGGCUCCGAACUUCACUAGACAUGCUCUUGGUGCAAUUUCCAUCGGGAAUGGUAAAUUUUACACCUUGACAACAGGAGCCAAUGAAAGGAGAUGGGAGAAGAUGAAGGAUAAGCUGCAGACUGUCAUCGAUUCCUUUAAGGUCUUCGAUGUUUAUGAGGGAUGAAAGGCUAUGUUGCUAUUCGAUUUGUUCUGUACUUUUUUCAAGGUUUUCCCGAUGUUCAGAGAAAGUCAACGGCAUUGCGAAACUGCCUUUUUUUUACCUCUUAAAUAUUAUAUAUUAUCGUUCAAUAUUUGUUGAAAAUUA